AUGGGCUUCGUAGGCGUCUACAAAGCUAUAUACGAUUACACGCCCCAGGGCGAGGGCGAACUGCAGAUUGCCGAGGGCGACCUGCUGUACAUCUUGGAGAAGAGUACCGAGGAUGACUGGUGGAAGGCAAAGAAGAAGGCCAGCGCCGACGACGAGGAUGAGCCCGUCGGCCUGGUCCCGAAUAAUUAUAUCGAGGAGGCCCAACCCAUAGGGAAAGCCCGCGCUCUGUACGAGUACACCCGGCAGACCGACGAGGAGCUGUCUUUUCCCGAGGAUGCCGAGCUCAUUGUUUACGACACCUCAGACCCCGACUGGAUCCUUGUCGGCCUCGAUAAGGACUAUGGUUUUGUUCCCUCGAACUAUAUUGAGAUGAUGGGAGGCGGACAAGAUAAACAAAUAAACAGAUGGAGGAGGAGGAGGAGGAGGGGGAGGAGGAGGAGACGCCCAGCCGACGCCCCGCCACUCCCAGCCCGGACCCCCUCCGUCUCUGUCACCGCCGCCGAUGUUCACAGCCCUCCUCUUCCUCCCAGGAACGAGCAGCCGGCGCCCGAGCCGGAGCCCGAGCCCAGCAGCUCGGCCGCGGCCGCGGCCGCGGCCUCUGCCCCGCCUGCUGCCCCUAAUGCCGCUACUAUGAUCGCCGGCAUGAUGGCCGCCCGUGCCAACUCGUCCCAGCAGCCGCCUGCUUCGCUCGACCAGUUGCCGCCGCGGAGAACGCAGCAGCCUUCGGACGAGUCUGACAAAGACAGCGAAGUCAAGUCGCCGCCGCUGCCAGCGCGGCCACGCGGAGACUCGCAAGUUUCGUCUGCUGAUUCCCCCCGAGCUCCCCCGGCACGUAUUUCAACACACCACCGCACGCCCAGCGAUUAUCACCUGCCGCAGAGAACCCCCACGGCUCCCCUCACGCCGGGCGAGUUCCACAUGUACAGCAUCGACGAAAUGGUUUCCGUCAUGGGCAAGAAGAAGAAGAUCCCGACAACAUUGGGCAUCAACCUGCGUACUGGCAUGAUCUUGAUCGCCCCCGAAUACGACGGGCCUUCGCAAGAGUGGUCGGCCGAGAAGCUGACGCACUACUCGCGCGAGGGCAAGCACGUGUUCAUGGAGCUGGUCAAGCCGAGCAAGAGCAUUGAUUUCCAUGCGGGUGCCAAGGACACCGCCGAGGAGAUUGUCUCGAUGUUGGCCGAGCUGGCUGGCGCUGUGCGUGCUGAGGGCCUUAGAGAGGUCAUCAUGGCUGGCACCAGCAAGCCGCUCCAGCAGAAGAAGGGCACUGUGCUGUACGACUUCGAGGCCCAGGGCGACGACGAAGUCACUGUCUACGUUGGCGACGAAGUCAUCAUCCUAGACGACACCAAGAGCGACGAGUGGUGGAUGGUCCGCCGGGUUAAGAACCAGAAGGAGGGCGUCGUCCCCAGCAGCUACAUCGAGGUGACAGGCCUGCUCGACACGCCUGGAUCCACGCUGACCUCCGCCGCCGGCCUAAACGCCGGUCGUUCUACCGUCGAGCAAAAUCGUCUCGAGGAGGAGCGCCUGACCAAGGAGGCCCUCAAGGCCGCCCAGCGCGAGGAGCAGAAAGAGCGUGAGCGUGAGCGCGAGCGUGCCGCCCGCGCUGCCCAAGAGGUAGGCCCCGGCUUGCGUCUGCCCGACCGGAGUAGUAGUCUGUCGGCCAAGAGCAGUAGUGGUAACCUCCAGGCACAACAGCGAUCGCGGCGCGAGAGUACCCGCCCCGACUCGUCGAGAACGUCCAACGGCCGGUCCAAGCCUGAUCCGACUAAGGUUCGCACCUGGACUGAUCGCACCAAGUCCUUCACCGUCGAGGCGCAAUUCCUCGGCGUAAAGGACGGUAAGCUCAAUCUGCACAAGGUGAACGGUGUCAAGAUUGCCGUGCCCAUCCACAAGAUGUCCCUCGAGGACUUGGAGUAUGUCGAGCGCCUCACCGGCAUCUCCCUCGAUGAAGAUAGGCCGCUGUCCGACCUCAAGAAGCGCGCCUCGGCCUCGGCUGACAACGCCCGCCGCCACGACUCGGGCGUCAAGAUUGGUGCCACCGUCCAACCCAAGAAGCCCGAGUAUGACUGGUUCCAGUUCUUCCUCAACUGCGAAGUCUCGCCGAAUCUAUGUGAGCGCUACUCGCAGGCCUUUGCCCGCGAGAACAUGGACGAGAGCUGCCUGCCCGACGUGGACGCUACCGUGCUGCGCAAUCUGGGCUUCCGCGAGGGCGAUAUCAUCAAGGUGAUUCGGUACUUGGAUAUUAAGUACUGUCGCGGUAAGAAGGCCAAUACCGGCGGUGACGACGAGGCGCAGGGAGGCCUGUUCUCCGGUCCCGGGGGCACUCUCCGUAACAAUACUCGCAAGGGUCGCCCCGAGCCCCCGGUUCAGGUCAGCAAUACCAUUGAUCCCAAGGCUCUCCAGCAGGCGCAGCAGAAGGAGUCCUCCGGUAGCGCCGAGGAGAAACAGGAGGGCCCAGCCUCGGCGCCGGCGCCUGCAAAGCCGAAAAGCGGUUUCGACGACGAUGCUUGGGAGCCGAAGCCCACCAAGACCCCUGAGCCGGCCUCACAGCCGACCCCUGCUACUUCUACGGCUUCUCCAACUCCUACUGCGUCGGCUCCAGCAUCAGCUCCUGCUCCUACUACCACUUCUGCUCCGAGCACAGCAGCUCUCACGGGCGCGAUGCAAGAACUCUCGCUGCUCACCCAGCCUCUUACUCCCGAGAAGGUCCAACCCCCUCCUCCGGCUCCCCCGGCAAUCAACCUCCCGCCCGCUACGACGACGACCGCAGCCCCUGCCGUCGCCGCGACAGCGCCUGUUCAGGUCCCUCAGCCUACUGGUGCCUCGCCUGCCUUUUUCACCGGUAUCCAGUCGACCAUCGUCAACGGCCAACCGCAGUUCCAGCCUCAACUUACUGCCCAAAUCCAGCCCCAGUCGGUUCUCGCUCGCCAGCGGCCCGUCGUGCCGCAGUAUACUGCCGGCCAAGGCGGCCUAAUCCCCCCUCCCCCGCCAACCCGCUCGCUAUCGGCGCCGCAGCAGACGGGCCAACCUAGCCCAUUCGCCCCGCCAACAGCGACCCUACAGCCGCAGAUGACCGGCUUUGCCAGCACCACGGCCGGGCUGACCGCGCAGGUGGCCCCUCCCGGCCAGAGCCUCAGCGAGAUCGCCCAAGCUCGGGCCAUUCAGCAGCAGCAGCAACAACAACAACAACAACAACAACAACAACAACAACAACAACAACAACUGCAGCAGCAACAGCAGCAGCAGCAGAUGAUGAUGACGGGUAUGCAGCCGCAGCUAGGGUUAAUGCCCCAGCCUACGGGUAUGAUGAGUCCCAUGGGGCCGAUGGGUAUGGCCGGUGUCCCACAACUGCAGAUGCAGCCUACCGGUGCGGUCAGUUUCGCGGGACAGCCUGUUCCCGGCGGCGGACUGCCCCCUCCGCUGGAACCCCAGCGCACAGGUAUGCCCGGCAUGCCGGGCAUGAUGCAGCCAUUGCAACCCAUGGCGACGGGCUUGCAGCCGCUGCAGCCGAUGCAGACCGGUAUCGGCAUGUUGAACGCCACCCCGACGGGUAUGCCCUCGGGGCAGAUGGGCAUGGGUAUGGGAGCAAGCGGCUUGCCGCCGCCGCUGCAGCCGCAGCCUACGGGGCUUGCGCCCCCGUCGAUGCAGCAGCAGCCUUUGGUUCCGCAAAAGACGGGUCCACCGCCGCCGGUUAAGUUUGGGAUUAAUAGCGAGGGUGCGAAGAAAUUAGCGCCGCAGCCUACGGGGCGGAGGGCGAAUCUUGCUGCUGCUACACCGGAUAAUCCGUUUGGAUUUUGA